CCGGUCAACUGCCCACCAAGCCACGCCCACAGAACCGGUAGGGAAAAUUUUUGAAUUUCACCACUGCUCCAACUUCCAACUGGGUCAUUCUGGGAAAAGCACCUUUGGGUUAAUUUUGGAGACACGCUGCUCCUGGAAACCUCCCCCCCCUUGACCAGUUUUGGGGUCCCUGGCACUUCCGGUGGCGCAGAGGCCCUCCGUGAGGGACGGCCCACUGAACUCUCAGCCACGGAGGGUGCGGUGUGGCUUGCCAACUCCUCAGCAGAUGUGGCAGGGGAACGGCCAACGUUUUACCUGCCUGGGCUUCCUUGGAAAGCAAACUUCGGGAGUGGACCAGGGUUUCCGUGCUUCGGAAGGCUUUCAUUGCUGCAGAGAAGAAGCAGCAAAGGCCCAGGAGCAACGUAAGCUUCCUGCCAUCAGAUCAGUUGGCAACCCUGGCUCCUUCACAGGGAGAUACCAACCCAGAGGAAUAUAUGGGCGGUCCUCGACUUACGACACAAAAGCACCAGAGAGUUAUGGAAGGCGCUGGCCGCAGACCCCUAUGCUAACCUGAAGAUCAUGAAGCCCCUCCUCAAGGGGGAUCAAGGAUCAAGACCCCAGCACCAAAGCCAUCGGGAGAAGAAACAGCAAGUCUACCAUGCCCAUUGCAGUAAGCCCUCAGCCCGCGGCUCUGCUUUCCUUAAAUCUAGAGAAAUAAUUAAAAAAGAGGAGGGGAAACCAGUUUGUCGUGAUUUGGUUGACUUUCGUCAGGAAAAUAUUUCAACAGGAGAGGAAUUAGAUGGACCGCCUCAAUGCAUGGAUGUCCGCAGCAAGGUGCCUAAGGAGGAAAUGAAGGGUCCGGAGAGUUUCCUUCGCUACACUCUUCUCUGGGUGACAAGCGCAGUUGAUGACCGGCAUGAAAACUGGCCCUGAGAUGUUCUUCUGGAGGAAGCAGGGAAAGGAACGAGCAAUCAAACACGGUCACUGGAGUUCUCUGAGUCUCGCAGCGAUCAUGACAAACACAAGAGAAGCCCACAGAGCAUAGAAGAAGAGGGUUGAAAAGGAACUUGGAGGUCUUCCAGUCCAACCCCCUGCUCAAGCAGAAGACCCUAGACUCUGCUGGACAAAUGGCUGCCUGGUCUCUUCUUGAAAAGCUCCAGUGAUGGAGCAGCCACAACUUCUGGAGACAAGUCGUUCCAAGGAUGAAUUGUUCUCACAGUCAGGAAAUUUCUCCUUAGUUCCAGGUUGUUUCUCUCCUUCAUCAGUUCCCAUCUGUUUCCUCUUGUUCUGCUUUGAGAUCUUCUCCAAGAGGAUCUACUUGAUCCUUCAGAUCUUCCAGGGGUGCACCCACCACUCUAGCUGAGUCCAUCCUGUUCCUGGUGAUUGUCUUCUUCUCCUUCUUCUGUCCUCCCCAGCCUUGAAGACUUCCCAGAGAGUGAGGCCACACCUGCUACUACCUUGGAAGCCACUCACUUCCUGCCCCCCAUCUCUUACCUCCAAGGGGUGCUGAAGAACAUAUCCCAGUCCUCUCACGCUAAAGAUCUGGAUGAGAGGAUACGGCUGAAUCAUCCAUUCCAGGAGAACCUCGAGAAUGUCUGGCGUCAUAAAGAAGUCUCCAACCUCCGGGUGAUACAGCAGCUGAGGAAGAAGAGUGGAGAUACGGAGCAUUAGCCAAGCCAAGGAACGGAACUGCCCCGAGAGCCUCGACUAAAGAUGCCACUUUCAGCCCUUACGGGGAGAGAAAAAGAAAAUACAGUCCUCGGUUAGUGACCACUGAAAGUCACAACGGCACUGACAAAAGGGAUACGUCCAUUUUUCAGAAUUAUGACCAUUGUAGCAUCCUCAUGGUCAUGUGAUCAAAAUUUGGGUACUUGCGGGUCCAUAUUUAUGACGGUCGCAGUGUUUCGAGGUUACGUGAUCCCUUUUGUGACCAUCUGAUAGGCCAAGUCAAUGGGGAAACCAGAUUCACUAAUUCAUCAGAUUGACCACCGUAAGAACUGCACUGCAGCGAUUCACUUAACAACUGUGGCAAGGAAGGUCAAACAAUGAGGCAAAACUUGCUUAAGAACUUUCGCUUAGCAACAGAAAUUUGGGGCUCAGUUGUGGUCAUAUAUCGAGGACAACUUUUAGACGGAAAUCACUGAAAGAUCUGGUUUAUCCUAAGUAUUCGACCACGGCAUUGGCUUAAGGACUGCUGCGAUCACUUAGUGACCACUGGAGGUUCUAUGACAGUCAUAUGUCGAGGACUAGAGUAUGGCAAAAGGACGACAUCGAACUGAGGAAUACCUCCAUCACCAUUUUUGGCAUGCUCCUGAAAGGACUGAAGGAGUUACGGAACAGUAAUAUGGCCGAAAACAUCCUGAACAGCCUUAUUCCCCUCCUCAUACAACUGUCAAAUGAUCGGACAAAAGAGGUCUCCAGGAAGACCCUCGACUCCUGCGUGUCCUUUAUGAACUGGGGGGGCUUUCCCAGCAACUUGUUUGACUAUGAAAUGUAUACCAGUCUUCAUAGCAUGUACUCCAACAUCUGCUACAUGGUUAUGAAUAAAUGCAAGCAAAACCUUCCUGCGAUGUUGGAUCAGAUGCUGGGAUUCCUGAGGAGCCGGAACUCUUCCCAUCGCGAGGCAGCUGCCCUCUUAAUUGGCUGCUGCGCGCAAUACAUGCAACGGGAAGUGAUGACUUCAAAACAAAUGAAAGAAGUUUUCCUGGGUCUCCAGGAUCUGCAAGGCGAUUCCGAAGCCUCAGUGGCUCAGGCUGCAGCUGACUCAAUGCAAGAAAUCUUUCGGCAGUGUGGCCAUCUGAUCAAGCCGGGUCUUGUUAGUAGUCAACUCCCCUCCAAAGGCAUCAGGAGGAUCUCCGAGACCAAGCAAUAAUAGUUUCAUAGUUUCAUAGUUUCCAUUAUUGUCAUGGCACCUCAUAGAAUGAAAUUAAGUGCCAUCCUCACUGUAUAUUAUACUUUUUAAAAACCCUAUAAAAAUAAAACAAAAACACACUUCCUUCACAUUGUAUGCAAUUGAAUUAAAAAACCCUCGUAUUGUA